CAAAGAAAGGCUAACCGGGCCUGGGGCCCAGCCCGUCCAGGGUGGGCGCAGCUGCGAUCCCGAGACUUUGGCUGGGUUCUCGCCAAUCAACGGCGCCUCCCUGUUUAAAGCGCCCGGAAGACCAGGGUGACACGCCUCUCCCCUCUCCUGUACUCCGGAAUCCAACGCCCCAGUCCGUAACUUUAGGGCCACCCGCUGCCUGGAGCGUGUCUCCGUCCCGAGUGUCACUUGUGGUGACACUUGAGGUUCUUUCUAACGGUGCCCAGAACAGAGGUGGAUCGCCCUGGUCACGUUUCCGGCUCCUGACGUUUCUUUUUCUUGGAAUGAAACAGUCGAGCUUUUUCGCACCAAGAUGCCGUUACGGAAACAUCGCUGUCGUUUCAAAAGUUAUGAACGUUGCUUCACAGCGGCCGAAGCUGUGGAUUGGCUACACGAGCUGUUGAGGCGCAGCCAAAACUUUGGCCCCGAAGUGACCCGCAAACAGACGGUCCAGCUGCUAAAAAAAUUCCUGAAGAAUCACGUUAUUGAAGACAUCAAGGGAAAAUGGGGCCAGGAAGACUUUGAAGACAACCGUCACUUGUACAGAUUUCCUCCUUCCUCACCCCUGAGACCAUAUCCAAAGAGGCCCCCAUAUCAAAAGGAUGUUAUUAAAUUUCCAGAAUGGAACGAUCCCCCACCAGGCACUUCACAAGAGAAUAUCCCAGUGAGGCCAGUUGUGAUGAAUUCUGAGAUGUGGUACAAGCGUCACAGCAUUGCUAUUGGAGAGGUGCCGGCUUGCCGACUUGUCUACCGCAGACAGCUGACAGAGGCCAAUGUAGAAGAGAUAUGGAAGACUAUGACAUUAUCAUAUUUACAGAAAAUCCUUGGCCUGGAUUCCUUAGAAGAAGUUUUAGACGUUAAGCUUGUCAACUCCAAGUUCAUCAUCCAUAAUGUAUAUAGUGUGAGCAAGCAGGGAGUUGUUAUCCUUGAUGACAAGUCAAAAGAACUUCCUCACUGGGUACUGUCAGCUAUGAAGUGUUUGGCAAAUUGGCCUAAUUGUUCGGAUUUGAAGCAGCCUAUGUAUUUAGGAUUUGAAAAAGAUGUCUUUAAAACUAUAGCUGAUUACUAUGGUCACUUGAAAGAGCCUUUGCUUACUUUUCACCUUUUUGAUGCCUUUGUCAGUGUAUUAGGUUUGUUACAGAAAGAGAAUAUGGCCAUUGAAGCAUUUCAAAUUUGCUGCCUCCUCCUGCCUCCUGAAAAUAGAAGAAAGUUACAGCUGUUGAUGAGGAUGAUGGCAAGGAUCUGCUUAAAUAAGGAGAUGCCACCACUGUGUGAUGGCUUUGGCGCCCGAACACUGAUGGUUCAGACGUUUUCCCAUUGCAUCUUGUGUUCCAAAGAUGAGGUGGACUUGGAUGACUUAUUAGCUGCUAGGUUGGUGACGUUUCUGAUGGACAAUUACCAAGAGAUUCUGAAAGUCCCUUUGGCCUUGCAGACCUCCAUAGAGGAGCGUGUGGCCCAUCUACGAAGAGUCCAGAUAAAAUACCCAGGAGCUGAUAUGGAUAUCACUUUGUCUGCUCCAUCAUUUUGCCGUCAAAUUAGCCCAGAGGAAUUUGAAUACCAAAGAGUAUAUGGCUCUCAGGAACCUCUGGCAGCAUUGUUGGAGGAAGUCAUCACAGAUGCCAAACUCUCCAGUAAAGAAAAGAAGAAAAAAUUGAAGCAGUUUCAAAAGUCCUAUCCUGAAGUCUACCAAGAACGAUUUCCUACACCAGAAAGUGAAGCACUUCUGUUUCCUGAAAAACCUAAAGCAAAACCACAGCUGCUGAUGUGGGUACUAAAAAACCCCUUCCAACCAUUUCAAAGAACUAGAAGUUUUCGGAUGUAAUACUUGGAUAGCUGUUAAAGACCUCUGUUAUUGCUGUUGUUUUUGAGUAAAUAGGUGGUUAGAGGACUAUGGUUAUGGAAGAAACAAGCACAU